AUGCCAUCAGGGUCUUCAGGGUCCUGGUCCUUCUCGCUCAGGGCUUCAUUCCUAACGCUAUUUUACCUGACCCUCGCUUUUACCACCUCCGUUCUCGCCCAAAGUGAGGAUGUCCAACUACGUCCUUCCGCCGCUUCCGACUCGUUUCCCGCCUGUGGUGUGAACUGUGAGAUUCUCGCCCAAGCCGACGAUGCCUGCACGCCUCCCACUGUCCCAGCGACAAACCGACAAACCUACGUUUCGUGUUUCUGCCAGUCGGCCCUGAUUACGGGGUUGAAGAGCAAUGCGCAGAGCGUAUGUGGCACCUGCACGAGCCAGAGUGAUAGUCAGAAACUGCAGAAGUGGUACGUCGACUUUUGCAACAGCGGCGGCAAGACGGGCAGCAAUUCCGGGAACUCAAACUCUAAUAACGACGGCGGAAACAACGACGGAAACAACAACAAUAACAGCGGCAACAACAACGACAACAGCGACAGCAAUGACGACUCAGACACUUCGGCCAGCUCCAGCUCGUCGUCAAAUAAAUCGGCACCAAAGUCAUGGUGGGAUGGCCACUGGAAAUGGAUAGUUAUGGUCAUAGUCCUCGCUGGUGCAUUCACAACAAUCGCCGUCGUCGGAGUCUGGCUGAAGCGACGCCACGACAAAAAAUACCCAAAUUUGUACCACGCGGGUGCGAGCGACAGCAGAGUAUUUCAAAACCGUAGCCAUGAUUCCGCUGUGCCGGGCGCCAUACCGGGCGUGCUUCCAGCGCGGCACCACGACUCUGUGAAUACAAAUUCCUUCGCUAGCAGCUCCCGAACAGAAUACGUCCCGCCAGCCGCUCGACAAGCGCCCGCGCCGUCGCGUCUGCAAAAAUCGCAGGGUGUAAACGAUAUCGAAAUUAGAGAGGCCCAGCGGUGA